CAGCUGUAGGUUAUCGGAAUACUUACUGUCAAAAAUAGCUAUAGAAAUUCGUAUUCUAAAUUAUGUCAAUGUCAAAUGUGUCGGUCUUUUUCGUUGUGUAGAUAAAUAUCAUAUUUAUUGUAGUUGUACAAAUAUAGCUUAGAAAAAAUUAAGAAUAACUACUAAGUAGUUAUAGACAUCUUUCUUCCGAGUGACAAAGCCUUUAUCAAAAUUCCUCCAGCUGCGAUAAACGAAGGUACUUCUCUCCGUACUGCUAAUUGGUGGUCGGAGAUGUUGGCUGCAUGUGAGACGGGUGAAGUGUUUGCGUUGCUGGAAGCACGCGACACCGUCGACAACUUCGCCGCCCUAUACAACAGUGUUCGUGAGCCCUGGCUGACGCGCGCUCUACUGCUGUACCAUGCGCGCACCGGCUCUACCCGCGCCCUCGAACUGCUGGCGCGCGCGCCCGACGCACACGUGCAGCACCUGCUCGACGCGCUGCUGGAGCAACUGCGCGGGGAGCGGCCGGCGCGCCUGCACGCCCUCGCCGCGCUCGCCCCGCUGGUGGCGCGCCGCCCGCUGUGGCUGCACCGCCUGCCGCACUCGCUCGCCCGCGACCUGCUGCGUGCGGCGAGACACGAGCGAGACCCGCUGCCUCUGCUGCACGUCUUGCUCACGCUCGCCGCGCUGCUGCCCGCAGUGCCCACUCUCGCCGCGCCCCAUUGGCCAGACCUAGCUGACGCGCUUCUGCGGCCCUCUGCGCUCGACCCACCGCCGCCGCCACCGACCCGAGAUCACCUCCAACUGGCGCAGCUGGCCCUCUUUCACGCUCUAUACGCCACGCACCCGUGUACCCUGCUGGAAACUCUUCGAAGCGAAUGCGCCACUGGAAGCAAACGCGACGUCUGGGAACGAGGCGUGGCGCCUCUGCUGCGGUCGGUUCGUCUCCAUCCCGCGCUCGUGACGGGCUCCCGGCAGCGCGAGGCCGACGCGGCGCGCUGGGCACAUCUCGAGAUACACGACGUGCUCGCCGAGAGCCGCCGCCUUUCGAUGCGCGUCCGAGACCGGACCGACGAGCGAGCGCACUCGACGAUCGCCGUCCCCGGCCCCGUCGCCCCGCCCUCCCCGGCGCCCGGUAGCGGCGCGCACGCGACCCGCGCCGCCUCCGCCCUCAGGCCCGGCGCGGAGCCCUGGUUCGCUCUCGGCGACCGCUGCGGCGCAGACUCCGCACCCAACACGCCCCUUCCCGCCGACGUCGACGCCGCCGAACCGCCCGAAGCCGCCGUCGAGGCGACCCCGGAGAACACGCCCGCCAAGGAGACGCGAGCCCAGUUCCGAUUUCCGACGGAAUCCGCCGCCGUACGCGCCAUCGGGCGACGCUCUCAACCGCCCUCACCGCUGCGCAAGGAGACGUCCCCGCCCGCCGGCGGCGGCCCCGGCGAGGGGUACGCGGGGCGUCUGGCCCGUGUCGCUCUGGAGAGGCGCGCGGCAGAGUCACCGGUGCCGUUCGGGGGGGGCCCGCCGCCGGCCGGUGCCGUGGCGCGCCCAGAGCCGAGCCGAGCGGCGCCGGCGACGGACAACGAGCCGCUCAACGUCGAAGACCGCGAAGUGCUGGAGCUAACGGAACGCGCGCGCACGGAGCGCUCGUGGUCGGGCGCGGAGGCGCGCACGCCGGUGGCGCGCGACCCGCGCGCGGCGGAGCGCGGGGGGCGGCGCGCGGGCCCCGCGGCGCCGGCGCGGCGCUCGGCGUCGUGCUCGGCGCGCGAGCGCGUGGGGCGCUCGGCCGACGCGUCCGUGCAGACGCUCGACGUGUGGCCCGCGCCGUAUGAAUUCCUGAUAGCCGACUUCUAUCGCAGCCUUCCAGCCGAUGAGCGCAAGCAGAAUAUCGAGGAGAAGAUCGACGAGCCGACCCUUCCCUGUGAACGUCUCGACAGCUAUCUGUCCGAACUGUACUCGGGACACGUCAUCGCGGACGCGUCCGAGCUCGCCGAGCAGCUCGCGCUCGUGCACGCGCAGCUCAUGUACGAGCGCUGGCGCAGGGAGGCGCACGCCGAGCGCAACCGCCGCCUGCUCGGCCGCUGUCGCGAGACGCGCGCGCUGGAGCUGCAGAACGCCGCGCUGCGGGACCGCCUGCGCGCCGCGCAGCACGAGCGCGACGAGCUGCUCGCGCGCCGCGCCCGGGACCCGCCCGCCGCCGCGCCCCUCUGCGCCGCCACCGACCGGGAGCUGCGCCUCGAGGCCGCGCUCGCGGAGGAGAGCGCGGCGAGGCUGCGCGCGGAGGCCGCCCUGCGCGAGCUAGAGGCGCAGCGAGCUAUCGACGCGGCCGAGCUGCGCCGCACGCGCGGGGAAUCCUUCGAGGCGGCACGCCACGUCGAGGCGCUCGCGCGGGCCGCGCUGGCGGCCGAGCGGCGCUCCGAACACGUGCGACGACUGCGUCGCGAGCUGCUCGUGCUGGCCGAGCGCGAGGCGCGGCUGAGCGGCGCCGUGCGCGCGGCCAGCGGAGCGGCGGCCGGCGCGGAGGCCGAGCGCGCCGCGGCCGAGGAGCGCGCGUUGCGGGCGGCGCUGGCGCGCGCGGAGACCGAGGCGGAGGCGUCGACGGCGCGCGCGGAAGCGGCCACGGCGCGCGCGCACGAGCUGGAGGCGGCGCUGGGCGCGCGGGACGCGGCCGUGGGCGAGCUGCGGCGCGCGGCGCGGCACGCGGGCGAGGAGCACGCGGCGCGGCUGCGCGCGCUGCAGGACAAGUGCGCGGCGCUGGCGCGCACGGUGCGCGCGGGCGAGGGCCGGCGCCUGGAGUGGCUGGCGGGCGCGGCGGGCGCGCGCGGCGCGGCGGCGGCGGGCGGGGGGCGCGGCGCGCGGCCGGCGCUGGCGGACUGCAGUCGCGUGCGGCGGCUGCUGGAGCGCGACGACGCGGACGUGACGGAGUCCAGCUAAUGCCGCCUCUCGUCGGCCGAUCGCUUCGCUCGCGUGCGUUCCGUAAAAAUCUAAGUCUCGUAGGGAUCCGGCUCGGGGUGCCGGCCGCGGUGACGUCGUGUUUCAUGAGAAAAUAUUUUUAAGAUACGAUCGCUGCGUUAUUUCGUUAACUCUGUCGAUGUACAAUUGUAUGCACGAGUACUGUGGUCGCUUUCUCCGACUCGCGGCCGCACGAUUGUAUCGUCUUCUAUUCUGCGUCGGAGCCGGCGUUUGUUUCCCGACAAACGGACAUCUGUACGUUUCACUGACGUCGGCAAUCGUUUUCUUAAAUUUA